AUGUCCGCCAUUGCUACAGCUGCAGCUCUCUCGCUUCCCAUCUCUCUCUGUCGAUCAUCAAGAUUUAGCACUAAAAAGGGUGUUAGGGGAGGGUUUGGCGUGUUUGCUCUAUUUGGAGAGGAAGGUUCGUUGGUGGACAAAAAGAGUGCAUGGGGCGCACUAUUUGAUGUGGAGGAUCCAAGGUCUAAAGCUCCACAAUUGAAAGGGAAGUUCUUGGAUGUGAACCAAGCCCUAGAAGUGGCUAGAUUUGAUAUUCAGUACCUGGAUUGGCGGGCUCGGCAAGAUCUUCUCACUAUUAUGCUUCUCCAUGAAAAGGUUGUGGAAGUUCUAAAUCCUUUGGCUCGGGAGUAUAAAUCUAUUGGCACCAUGAAAAAGGAGCUCGCGGAGUUGCAAGCAGAGCUUGCGCAAGCUCACAGAGAGGUUCAUAUAUCUGAAGCAAGGGUUUCCACUGCUUUAGAUAAGCUAGCUUACAUGGAAACAUUGGUUAAUGAUAGGCUGUUGCAAGAUAGAAGCACUACUGAAUCUGAUAAUCCAUCCCCUUCUGCCAGUAUAUCCACACAAUCUCUGGUAGAUAUUAAAAUCAACCUGCCUCGGAAAGGUCUCAAUGUAUCUGGUCCUGUCCAACCUUACCAUCCCAGUCUCAAGAAUUUUUGGUACCCUGUUGCUUUCUCCACAGACCUGAAGGAUGACACCAUGAUCCCAAUUGAUUGCUUUGAGGAACCUUGGGUUGUCUUUCGUGGGAAGGAUGGAAAGCCUGGAUGUGUCCAAAAUACCUGUGCUCACAGGGCAUGCCCUCUUCACCUGGGUUCAGUAAAUGAGGGUCGCAUCCAAUGUCCUUACCAUGGUUGGGAAUACUCAACAGAUGGAAAAUGUGAGAAAAUGCCAUCAACAAGAUUACGUAAUGCGAAGAUAAAAGCAUUGCCAUGCUUUGAGCAAGAAGGAAUGAUAUGGAUUUGGCCAGGCAAUGACCCUCCAACAGCCACUAUUCCGUCCUUACAACCUCCUCCGGGAUUUAUAAUACAUGCCGAGAUUGUUAUGGAACUUCCAGUGGAACAUGGGCUACUUCUGGACAACCUUUUGGAUCUUGCACAUGCUCCUUUCACUCACACUUCCACCUUUGCUAAGGGAUGGAGUGUUCCUAGCUUGGUGAAAUUCUUGACCCCUUCAUCUGGCCUUCAAGGAUACUGGGAUCCAUAUCCGAUUGAUAUGGAAUUUCGACCACCUUGCAUUGUGUUAUCAACCAUUGGAAUUUCAAAGCCUGGCAAAUUGGAGGGACAGAGCACCAAACAGUGCUCUACACACCUUCACCAACUUCAUGUGUGCUUGCCAUCAUCUAGACAGAAGACAAGGUUACUGUACAGAAUGUCACUGGAUUUUGCACCCGUUCUAAAGCACAUUCCUUUCAUGCAGUAUCUGUGGAGACAUUUUGCAGAACAGGUUCUGAAUGAGGAUCUGCGGCUUGUAUUAGGCCAACAGGAUCGGAUGAUUAAUGGGGCAAAUAUCUGGAACUUGCCAGUAUCCUAUGAUAAGCUAGGAGUAAGGUAUAGGUUAUGGAGAGACGCUGUGGAUCGAGGAGCUAAGCAAUUACCCUUUGGCAAAUCACCAUAA